UAAAGCUACAAAGCAUAAACCCCUAAUAUUCCUUUACUUUCCUGUUCCUCCUGUAUCUCUAAUCUCUAGUUUCUCUGCUAGAGCUUAAAAGAAAGUAAGAAAGAAGAAGGAAGUGGAAGCGAAAUGGGAGCUUAUUGCAACGACGGACACAGUCUCUCUCCCAUCUACAGUUUCGCUUCCUCACAAGAUCUCAGGCUCUCCAAACACGUCCACGACAAUGUCCACGGCAACAUUUACAUCGACCCACUUUGUUUGAAGUUCAUUGAUACCGAACAGUUUCAAAGGCUUCGUGAGCUGAAACAGCUUGGUAUGGCACACUUGGUUUAUCCAGGUGCUGUGCAUUCCAGGUUUGAACAUUCUCUUGGGGUGUAUUGGCUUGCUGGUGAAGCUGUUCAAAAGCUUAAAAAUUAUCAAGGUUUGGAGCUUGAUAUUGAUCAAUUUGAUAUUCAAACAGUGAAACUUGCAGGGCUUCUGCAUGAUGUUGGUCACGGGCCUUUCAGUCACUUGUUUGAACGCGAGUUUCUUCCCCAGGUUCUUGAUGGUCAUUGGUCUCAUGAGCAAAUGUCAGUAAAGUUGGUCGACGAUAUUGUUGAUAAGCACUAUAUUGAAAUUGAUCCAGAAAUGAUCAGAAAAGUCAAGGAGAUGAUACUGGCGAGCUCUGAAUUUGUACGGCCAAUAGGCUCAGGGGAGAAGCAUUUCUUGUAUGAUAUUGUUGCAAAUGGCCGAAAUGGAAUUGAUGUGGACAAGUUUGACUAUAUUGCCCGUGAUUGCCGAGCUUGUGGUCUUGGGUGCAACUUUCAGUUUCAGAGGUUAAUGGAGUCAAUGCGGGUAUUGGGUGAUGAGAUCUGUUAUCCUGCUAAGGACUAUCUGACCAUCCACAAGUUAUUUGCCACUCGGGCAGAUCUGUAUCGAACAGUUUAUACACAUCCAAAAGUAAAGGCAAUAGAGCUUAUGGUGGUUGAUGCACUUUUAAAAGCAAAUGAUUAUCUAAAUAUUUCAUCUUUCAUUCAAGAUCCUUCUAAGUACUGGAAGCUAGAUGACACGAUAAUGAAGACUAUCGAGACCGCUUCAAACCCAGAACUGAAGGAAUCUAGGGACUUAAUCAUGCGCAUUCGUAGGAGGAAUUUAUACCAGUUUUGUAAUGAGUAUGCUGUACCAAAGGACAAACUAGAAAAUUUCAAAGCUGUCACUCCUCAAGAUAUUGUUUGUUCCCAGAAAAAUGGUGGAGUGAUACUAAAAGAGGAGGAUGUUUCAGUUAGCAAUGUCAGGAUUGAUUUGACUCGGGGAAGGCAAAAUCCUCUAGAAAGAAUCAACUUUUUUAAGUAUUGCAAAAUGCUGUUCAGCCAACUGAUAACUGGCUUGCCAGUAAUCUAAAGAGGGAACCUUGAAAAUCGACAGUUUUUCUCCAUAACAAUUGAUACAAGAGGAAGAAACAUUGACAUAACUUGGGGGGGGGGGGGGGCCGGUUAAAUUUUCAAUGCUAAAUAUUAGUUCACACACCAUUCAGUCUCCUUUUGGUUUAAGAAACGUUGAGAGCACUUUGCUGCCUCAAUUUAUUUUUGGGGUCCUUAUUCAUGCUUCUGUUGAGGGAGAGUUUUGUAAUGUUGUAUGUUUGUAUGGUAGAAACAUUGAGAGAACGUAUUACCUGCUACUUGCAGCAGUUAAUUUCUAAGUUUUGUAGGGGAUAAUAAUGAUAAGAUUAAAACCCCAUUGUACAUGAGAUAUUCUAAAGAAAAUCAUGUUGGCAAAAUAUUGAUUAGAGGGGAUGUUAUCAAAUUGAAAAGAAGAGGAAAUGAAAGGAAAGCAGUUGUAUCAAGUUUGAAAGAUUUCUGUUAGGAUUUCUUUGUAGCAUCAUUUCUAACAGUUCAGGUUUUAUUCAGGAUUAUGAGAGUGAAGAUAAAUUCUCGAUACCUGAUGAUCGCAUUAGUCACUUGUUGCCUACAUCA